AUGUCGUCCGGGAAGAACGAGCAGCCCAACGAGGCCGAGAAGAACAUUGAGAUCUGGAAGGUCAAGAAGCUGAUCAAGCGUCUUGAAGCCGCCCGCGGCAAUGGAACCUCCAUGAUUUCACUCAUUAUUCCGCCCAAGGAUCAGGUUUCGCGCGCUGCGAAGAUGUUGGCUGAAGAAUUCGGUACUGCCUCCAACAUCAAGUCCCGUGUCAACCGUCUCUCCGUCCUCUCGGCUAUUACCUCGACCCAACAGCGUCUGAAGCUGUACUCCAAGGUCCCUCCUAAUGGCCUCGUUGUCUACUGUGGUGAAAUCAUCACCGCAGAGGGCAAGGAGCGCAAGAUUAAUAUCGACUUUGAGCCUUUCAAGCCCAUCAACACGUCUCUGUACCUCUGUGACAACAAGUUCCAUACUGAGGCCCUGAGCGAGCUGCUCGAGUCGGACCAGAAGUUUGGCUUCAUCAUCAUGGACGGAAACGGUGCGCUCUUUGGCACGCUGUCUGGAAAUACCCGUGAGAUUGUCCACAAAUUCUCGGUCGAUCUACCCAAGAAGCACGGCCGUGGUGGUCAGUCCGCUCUGCGUUUCGCCCGUUUGCGAGAGGAAAAGCGUCACAACUACGUCCGCAAGGUCGCCGAACUGGCAGUCCAGAACUUCAUCACCGCCGACAAGGUCAACGUGGCCGGUAUCAUUCUCGCUGGUUCUGCCGACUUCAAGAACGACCUCAACCAAUCCGACUUGUUCGACAACCGUCUGCAGUCCAAGGUCAUCAAGGUGGUGGAUGUAUCAUAUGGAGGCGAGAACGGCUUCAAUCAGGCUAUUGAACUGGCUGGUGAAACCCUCAGCAACGUCAAGUUCAUCCAGGAGAAGAAACUCAUCAACGAGUACUUUGACCACAUCUCCAAAGACUCUGGCAAGGUCUGCUACGGUAUUGAUGAUACCCUGAAGGCACUUGAGGCCGGUGCUGCCGAGACUUUGAUCGUCUUUGAGAACUUGGAAAUCACUCGAUGGGUCCUCAAGGCCUCCACCGGCGAUGAGAUCAUCCUCCACACCACCAAGCAGCAGGAGGAAGACCGAAGCAUCUUCAUGGACAAGGAGACUGGUCAGGAGAUGGAAGUCAUUGACCAGGGCUCCAUGCUCGAGUGGCUCGCCGAGAAGUAUCGCGAUUUUGGUGCCAACCUUGAAUUCGUCUCGGAUCGCUCCUCUGAGGGUAACCAGUUCGUCAAGGGAUUUGGUGGUAUCGGUGCCAUUCUCCGCUACGCGCUCAACUUUGAGCAGCUUCAAGAGUUCGACGAUGACGAAGACGAGUUCUACGAUGAUUGACGGUUGUGCGUCCUCGCUGACUGCGAGGUAGCGUCCCCACUCGUGUCGAGUGAAGGAACGUCCGCUACCCGCGCGAAAAGUCAAAAUGACGUGUCCGGAAUCAAGGCCGGAGUAGUCGAAGCAACGACGCUUCGCCUCUCCAGAUUGUAAGCUGGGAGUGCUCACGGAGGGUUUGCAAUGUAUGUGUGCAGAUACUUGUAGCCGAAGCUCUCCUAAUCAACGCUAGGUUGACGAACACCCAUUCUUACCACGACCCGCUCUCGCUUGCAUGGAGAGGCAGCAGCCCUACCGAAGGCGAAACCUCUUCAAUCCUGAUCUAGAAAGCUCUAUCUUAGCUCUGCGAUCAUCCAGAAGCAAUGGGGUUAUUAAGGAUGGCUACUGUAUUGGUCAGCUGUGAAUUUCUCCGAAGUAGUCCUAGGUGGAGGGACAAAGGCAGAUUGUUUGUUCAAAUACGCUUCAGCUAGCCGCUCACUCAAGUCCAGCUGAAUCAACUUUGCUUUCA